AUGGGUACGGCGCUGGGUAUGGUGGCUAUGGUGGCUAUGGUGGUUAUGGUGGCUAUGGUGGCUAUGGUGGCUAUGGUGGUUAUGGUGGUUAUGGUGGCUAUGGUGGUUAUGGUGGCUAUGGUGGUUAUGGUGGCUAUGGUGGCUAUGGUGGUUAUGGUGGUUAUGGUGGUUAUGGUGGUUAUGGUGGCUAUGGAUACAAUAGUGAAGCUCAAUUCUUCGACUAAUUUAGAAUAUUUGAUCAAGGUUAUUACUUUUAUCGCUAUCCAUACGCCAGAUAUGCUCUUCGUAGAUAUAGAUGGCUCCGACACCUGGGACACAUCGAUUGGUUUACCCACUUAUGGUCAACACAAACAACAUAUUAGGCAAACGUUUCACUUAUAUAAAGGCAAAUACUUGCCGACAGUUGUGAUGGGCUUUCUGUGCGCCAAAUAA